AUGCCGUCGCUUUUAGCUUCCGCGCCGGCCAGCGCCGCCAUUCUCCGGCCGCCACCCGCCGCCGCUCACGGCGGCCUGAGUUCCCCUCUAUGUGUUUUUCCAUGUUGGAAGCCAGUAAUUAUUACCUACGGUUCGCCCCUGCGGUGCCGUGCAGUUGCCAGAUCUCGUACUCGAGAAUGGAAAAAAGCAGAAUAUUUAGAUGUGAUUCAGAAUGACUUAUCAACCAUAAAGCGGCAAGAGAUUGUGGAGGAUGACGCAGAAAGAGAGGGAAAAAAAUCGGAUAGGAUAAGGCCGCUGGUGGAGACGAUAAAAUCGAUGAUGCAAUCGAUGGACGACGGUGACAUCAGCGCCUCACCGUACGACACCGCGUGGGUGGCGCUGGUUGCUGACGUCAGCGGCGGUUCCGGGCCGCAGUUCCCGGAGAGCCUCGCCUGGAUCUGCCGGAAUCAGCUUUCCGACGGCUCGUGGGGCGACAAGUUGAUAUUCUCUGUAUAUGACCGCUUGCUCAACACUUUAGCGUGUGUGGUAGCUUUGAGGACUUGGAAAAUAUACUCCGACAAAAGCGAUAAAGGGAUAUUGUUCAUAAAAAAGAAUUUCCACAAGCUUGGGGAUGAAAAUCCAGAGCACAUGCCGAUAGGGUUCGAAAUAGCCUUGCCGGCCAUGAUAGAAAUGGCUAAAAAGCUUGAAGUUGAGAUCCCAGAAAAUUGUGCAGGAUUGCAAGAGAUUUAUGCAAUAAGGGAGUUAAAGCUCACAAAGAUACCAAAGGAGACAUUGCACAAAGUGCCAACAACAUUACUUCACAGCUUGGAAGGGAUUGGAGGGCUAAAAUGGGAAGAACUGUUGAAAUUAAGAUGUGCUGAUGGCUCUUUCCUUUUCUCCCCAUCUUCCACUGCUUUUGCGCUCCACCAAACAAAGGAUGAUAAUUGUCUCAAAUACCUCACAAAUUGUGUUGACAAAUUUAAUGGAGGAGUUCCUAAUGUGUACCCCGUGGACUUGUUCGAGCACAUUUGGUCGGUGGACCGGCUGCAGAGAUUGGGAAUUUCCAGAUAUUUUCAGUCAGAUAUCGACGAGUGUAUCAGUUAUGUUCAUAGGUAUUGGACAAGUAAAGGAAUAUGCUGGGCCAGAAAUUCCAGAGUUCAGGACAUUGAUGACACGGCCAUGGGAUUCAGGCUCAUGAGGUUACAUGGCUACGAUAUUUCUGCAGACGUGUUUAGUAAUUUUGAGAAAGGAGGGGAGUUCUUCUGCUUCGCGGGGCAGACGACCCAAGCCGUGACGGGAAUGUACAACCUGUACAGAGCAUCCCAAGUGAAGUUCCACGGGGAGGAUAUACUCGUGGAUGCAGGCGAGUACUCCUCCAAGUUUUUGUGGGAGAAGAGGGCCAAAAACGAGCUGCUUGACAAGUGGAUUAUUGCCAAAGACCUUCCUGGCGAGGUGGGAUAUGCACUUGACGUGUCUUAUUAUGCUAGCCUACCUCGACUCGAAACACGCUUUUAUUUGGAGCACUAUGGCGGUGAAGACGAUGUUUGGAUUGGCAAAACUCUAUAUAGAAUGCCACGUGUCAGCAGUAACACCUAUCUUGAGCUAGCGAAAUUAGACUAUAAUAACUGCCAAGUCUUGCAUCAGCGGGAGUGGAAAAACAUUCUAAAAUGGUUCAAAAAUUGCGGUCUCAAAGGGUGCGAAAAAAUGGAGUCGAACUUUUUACAACGGUACUACAUUGCAGCAGCUUCCAUAUUCGAGCCACAGAAAUGGGUCGAGCGAGUGGGCUGGGCCAAAACAGCGAUUUUAGUUGAGACCAUCGUCUCGCAUUUUCAAAGACAAGGGCUUUCGAGGGAACACAAACGCGCGUUCGUUGAGGAAUUCGAACAAGGCUGCAUUCUCAAGUAUGCAAAUGGGGGGAGGUAUAAAACGAGAUCACGACUCGUGGGAGCUUUGAUUAUGACUCUAAACCAACUCUCAUUGGAUAUAUUGUUGGCUCAUGGACAGGACAUUCAACCACAGCUGAGUCAAGUUUGGUACAAGUGGUUGAAAACAUGGGAAGAAGGAAAUAAUAUUGGAGAAGGUGAUGCAGAACUUUAUGUCCAUACCUUAAAUUUGUGCGGCGGAGGAAGAAGGGCAAGUGCUUUAAUGCUGUUCGAGCAUGUGCUUUCGGCCCAUCCGAAAUACGAGCAACUUUUGAAGGCCACGAUUAGCGUUUGUCAUAAGCUUCGACUCUAUCGUCAUGAGCAUCAAAAGGCACACGAUAGCUCAAGUGGCAAGAACGUUGAUCAGAUCGAACGCGGGAUGCAAGGGCUUUUGAAAUUGGUGCUCGAGAAGUCACCGGAAGAUUUAGAUUCUCAAAUCAAACAAAACUUUCUUACGGUGGCUAAGAGUUUCUAUUACACGGCUUACUUUAGUCAAGAAACUAUCGACUUUCACAUCAAUAAGGUACUCUUCGAGAGUGUACUGAUCUAA